AUGAGUUGUUUUAUCUUGCAUAAUGUGGCUAAGCACCUUAACGAUGACGAUUUUGCUGUUGAUAUACCGGGAGAUGGCGAACAAGAAGAAAUCCAUAAUGGAGUGAUACGUCAGAGAGAAGGCUCCUUACUGGGUCCGGCUUUCAUUGUGGUAGCUUUCAGUACUGGUCCUGCACUUCCAGAUGCUUCUUCGAUGAAUGGUCUUCAGAAUAGGUUGACAUGUAAAUGA